ACUUUUCAGAAGACUUUUUACAUGCGGAGAUUGCCAAAUGGGGAAAUAUAUGAAAGAUGUUAUAACAUAGUAAAUUACAUAAUAUUUAGCAUAUUAAUAGUAUGAUUUGGUAAUUAAUAAUAUUUAUAUUACAACCUGUGAGUUGGCAACAUUGUCAGUCGUGUACGGGCUACGGUGUUUAUACAACGCUGGAGAUUAGAAGUAGCUGGACCUGGUGCAGUUGUCCUUUUAAUUUAUCUUUAUUGACUUAAAACGAAAGGAUGCAGGCUGGAGGUGUCUCACCAAUGGGAAUGCCACCUGGGCCCCCUCAGAUGGUCCCUAUGUCAAAGGUGGAGCUGAGUAUUCAGGCCAAAGGCUUGCGAGAUCGGGAUACCCUUAGCAAGAGCGAUCCUUUGUGUAUCAUUUACAUGAAGGAAACUGGAAACGAUCGUUAUCAUGAGGUUGGUCGAACAGAGAUGAUUAAGGAUUGCCUGAACCCUCAGUGGGUCCGCACGAUUGAGGUGGAAUAUCGCUUUGAGGAACGACAGAUGAUUCGAUUUUCCAUUUUUGAUUGGGAUACCAAAAGCACAAAUCCAGAAGACCAGGAUACCUUAGGGACUGUUGAAUGCUCUCUGGGAGAAAUCAUGGGUCACCAGGGGUCACAGCUGAGCAAAACCAUCACUGGCAGCGGAGUCCUUUUGAUACAAGGAGAUGAAGCUUCUGCAUCAAAGGAGGUUGUUACCAUGAACUUAUCUGGUGCAGAUCUGGACAAAAAGGACUUUUUGGGAAAGAGUGAUCCUUUUCUUAUUUUUUACCGCUGUAAUGACAACAGUGCGUAUCUUCCUGUGCACAAGACUGAAGUUAUUAAAAAGACGCUGAACCCAGCCUGGAAGCCCAUCAUCGUUCCUGCCAGGGUCCUCUGUGCUGGGGACCAUAACCGCAGCAUUAAGAUUGAGUGUCAUGACUGGGAUUCAGAUGGGACUCAUGAUCUGAUCGGUGAAUGUUACACCAACCUUCAAAGACUUCUUGAAGGUCCAGGAACAACUAAUGUUUAUCAGUUCAUCAAUCCCAAGAAGAAAGCUAAGAAAUCUAGCUAUAAGGAUUCAGGAAAACUCACCCUACACUCCAUCACUGUUCACGUAGAGCCAUCUUUCCUUGACUACAUCCGUGGUGGGACACAGAUUCACUUCACAGUUGCUGUCGACUUUACUGCUUCAAAUGGUGACCCCCGCAGCGAAGCUUCACUUCAUUAUCGUCAUCCUGGAGUGGAUAAUCAAUAUUCAAUGGCAAUUAGGUCGGUGGGAGAAAUCAUCCAGGAUUAUGACUCUGAUAAACUGUUCCCAGCAUUGGGAUUUGGUGGACGAAUACCACCAAAUUGGACAGUGAGUCAUGAGUUUUUCCUCAAUGGAAGUAUGGACAACCCUUAUUGUCAGGGUGUGGAAGGGAUCCUGCAGGCUUACCACAACUCUCUUCAGACUGUUGGUCUUUAUGGCCCAACCAAUUUUUCCCCUGUUAUCAACCAUGUGGCUAAGUUUGCCAGAGCUCACCAGGACGGUAACAACUACUUUGUCCUUCUGAUCAUCACUGACGGCAUUAUUACUGAUAUGGCGGAUACCCGCAAGGCAUUAGUUGACGCAUCUAAUUUGCCCAUGUCGGUGAUCAUUAUUGGAGUUGGUAAAGAAGAUUUCUCGGCCAUGGAACAGCUGGAUGGAGACGACAACCGUCUCAGCUCUGGAGGCAGAUACGCAGAACGUGACAUUGUGCAGUUUGUAGAGCUGAGGCGUCACUUGGGUCAGAGUGCAUCCCACAGUCAGUUCAGCCAAGCCAGGCUAGCCAAAGAUGUCCUGGCAGAAAUUCCACAGCAGCUGGUGUCCUGGAUGAGAAUACAUGGAUUUAAAGAGGUACCUGUCGGACAAUCAGGAUCUGUCCAGAGCGACCCUGGCACAGGAGGUGCUGCGUGAGAUCCCCCCCCAGCUGCUGUCUUAUAUGCGCAAGAUCCAUUCUCCCAAAUAAUGACCUUUGACCUCUCACGUCUCCAAGCCUAUUCUCAAUACGUACUGGAAAUUUUCUAAUGCAUAUAUUUACUUCAAGAUUUAUUUUUUCCAUCUUUAGUUGUAAUGUGAUGGGAUUAGAUUUACAGUACAGUACAAAAAGUAUUGAAAAUUCCUUUGAUAUUGAGCGAGUUAGAUUUGAUUUAGGAUCCACCUGGUAAACAGUGGGUAGAUUUUGUUGUUGUCAUUAAUAAGGUUUUUUUCCUAAAUGAUUUACUCAGAAUGUAUAUUUUUAUACAGAGGAAGAAUGUAUCAAGCAUCAAGUGGUUCAUUGGUAAAAAAGAGAAAAAGAUCUUUUUUAUUAGAACAUAUAACUGUUUUAUUUAUUUUUAUAUUAUUUGAGUUAAAUAUUAUUUUAAAUUAAUUUUUGGUAAAAGUAAUAGUGAACAAAAUCGUGUAUGUAUAUUGAAUCUCUCAUUAACUGGACACGUGUUUGCUUGACAGUUAAACCAAUAAGUGGUUUUAAAAAAGGCCUGAAUGCUUUUAAAUUAUCAGAAAUUGUUCAUUCUUCUACUGUCCUUCAAUGACUACUACAGUGAAACCUCCAUAUAACGGACUUCUAUCUCCAUUUCCAUUAGAAGAAGGUUUCACAUUUAACGGACCCUCGAUAUAAUGGACUUUCAUAUCUAUAUAAGUUCAUUAGAUGGUGGUUUCACAUCCAGUGGACCCUCGCUAUAAGGGACUUUCCUCUCCAUGUAUAGUCUGUUAAAUUAAGGUUUCACUGUAUAUUUCAUAUUUGUUUUACAGUAUAACCUCAGAAAUCCAGCAAUGUGGAGACCUAGAGCAUACUGGAAUUGGGAAUUUUCUAGUUUUCUGAACAAGGUCACUGCCCCUGUGUUCCCCCUCUUCUUGAAAUAGUGAAGCAUUUUUAUGUUGUGUUUCCUGAUUAGGUGAACUACAGAGGUGAGGUGCACUUCAGUGAUUAAGAGCCAUUAAGCAGAAUUCUCAUAAAAAUCACAAGCAGUUUUUGUUGUUAGGGAAAAGCAAUCAAUCAUACCUUAAGAAUUUAGUAAAGGUAAAGAUUUAUAGAAACAAAAUGAAAUGUGAAGGUGUGUCUCUCAGAAUGUGAGACAUAGCAAAUCAGCUUAACCAUUUCAGUGAUUUUACAACAUAUCGUUUGCUGAGUGGUUAGGUCAGGUAGGUCUUGGCUGGUAUAUGUGUGUUGUUUCAUUAUUUAUAGAUUUUACUGUUCUGACUUCAUAGGUAAGAUCAUGGUACAGUAUUUAAUAUAUUUAUUUCACCUUAUUUGUGUUAAAUUUAAACUCUUCCUUCAUUCUCCUGGUAAAGUGAUUUUUUUACUUUUUCUAAAGUAAUAAUUAUUGUUGCUCACGAUCUUUUCAAGGUAAUUUGGAAAUUUUUGUGUGAAUCACUAAAAGGCUGCCUCUUAUCAGUGUUCUGUACCUACCAUGAAAGUUUUCUUGGAACUCUUAUUAUUUAUACAGUUGUUUAACAGACUGAACUUUAUGUCCUUGUUUUAAUUAGAUUUUCUGCUCAUCCUGUCAGCUAACAAAUGACAUUCGUGGCUUUCAUAGUUUGAUACAAUUCACACCUUUAUAUUCUAAUACUAAAACAUACAAUAUAUGGAACUGUAUUUGAAGGCAUUUGCUAGAGUUAUAUUCAUAUUACAAGUGCACAGAAUCAUAGAGAAAGUCCUGCCACAAGCAUUCUUCACUGAUAACUGCUUAUGUCAAAACCUAACACUAGUGAUUUUUUUUUCUAAUUAUUUCAGGUUUGAGAGACUCCCAGUUAACAGAUUUUUGAGGUUGUACUGUAUGUAUUUUAAGUUUCAUCUUCCUGGUAUGACUUAUCCUGUCUUGUCAUGGUUUUCUUAUACUGUACUUUUCCUCCUUGUGUUGCCAGUACAAUACUGUAUUCAUAAAGUUUAGUUGUCCUUUCCUCUCCACCUUUAUAUAGUACUGGUAAUAGGAAGCUGUUCUAGUUUGAUAUAGUAACUAUUGCAAGGGUUGGGCUAAAGGUCUCCCUGAUAGAUGACUUUGUACUUAGAGUGCACUGUAUAUUCUUAAUACUCUCUUUAAUCCAUACUGGGUUAUAUAGACUUUUCACAUGCCAUCAUGAAGUUUUAUAUUACUGUUAUUACUGUACAGUACUUCCUAAAAGCUACUGAUACUGUACUGCAAACUGUGUUCAGCAGUGUGUCAUUACUUUGUUAACUCACAGAAAAAUUCUCCGUGACUUUUUAUACUCUAGCUUACCAUUAACAUAGCUGGUAAUAAAGGUGCUCUUGUCCAUAUACUGUAUAGUAAAAACAUAAAAAAAUAGUUUUAAAUAUUCUCCACUAAUGUAUGAUUUUAAGUCUACAAUCUGUAGACAUCAAAGAAAGGGGUACAGUACUGUACUGUAUCUAACAACGAGCUUUCUCUAACGAAGAACUAACCUGUACCAUUUAGAAGACUGCAUUCAUAGGUUGUCCAUUCAAGCAAGUAAAUUAUGCUUAUGAAUAAUUGUACCUCUUUAUAAAUAUAGUGUGUGUGGUCUUGCAGAAUUUAAAUGUACAAUAGUUGUAAUUGUGUGUGUGCCAUUACUCUUAUCUAGAUGUUGGUGGGUUAGCCAAGUGCAGUAAGCUGAAAAGUUAGCGGUUGGUUCCUUCCAGGUGAGAGGUGUUAGCUAGUUCUGGACCUUAGCUUGACAAAGCAAUUAGCUCUACCCACACCAUAAAUAAUAUCUUGGUAACCUUACGUGGGUACAGCCUCAAAUUUAUUACUGUACUUGUGGAUCGAUCUUCUUCAGUGUUAUCAUUAUGUUAUGGUAGGUGUCUUGUCAUCCAUGCAUUAACCUAGAUGUGUGUAUUUAUAGUAAAAGAUUAACAUUUUAUAAUAAUAUUUGGUAAUUUUUUUUUAUAUUGAAAGUUUCUCUUCUUAACAGCAAAAUGUUUUUGCUUUAUUAUUUACCAACCCAAGUCAAAGAUGUUCCUCAGAGGUAAAGGUAUACAUAUAUUUAUGAUGAAAUAUAUGUUUGAGUUUUAUGUUGUUCAUGUUGAUCAUAGAGUGAUGUUUAUGAAUACCUGUACAGUACUGUAUCGGUGUUUUGUGAUUUGGGAAUCUUAACAGGAGUAAUGUACUUAUUUUAAAGUUUUACUUCCACGUAUAGAAAAUAUUUGCUCAUUUGAUAUAUGCUUACUUAACCCUUUCACUACAGGCUACAGUCGGCAGAUGUAACUUUGUUUUUUAUUUUAUGCAUUCCAGUUUUGUAAGAUAUUGGUAUGUUACUGUUUAUCAUAACAAAUACAAGUCUCUGCAUUGUUCUUACAGAAUAGAUCAACAUUUGAUGUUGUAUUAACAUCAAAGAAACAUUGCAGUACCAUGUUACACGAACAUCCAAAAGACAAAGGCCUGCAACACACACUUAUUGAUAAUUCUCAGUGUUAACUCAGGUGUAAUCCUGUGCUAAUUAUAUACUGUAUGUUCUCUGAUAGCCAGGGUAGGGUUCAUGAUCAACAUGACCAGUGAAUUUUCAAGUUAUUGUAAAUGUACAGUAGUUGAAACUAAUGUAAUGUUUUAUUUAACUAAGAAAUGGUUAGUGUUGUUAACUUUCUUCUUUGCUUUGGUUGUCAUUGUAUAGGACUGUUUAUACACUCCACAUCACUACAUGGUUCACAUAUUUUUGCAUCAUAUAGUACAUUAUCCUUCAAAGAAUAGUUUUUCAAGAUUUUUACCACUAAAUGUAGGAUGGCCAGAGUCAAGAGUCAACACACACUUUCUUUAUAUUGCUCUCUCUCUCGCUCUCUGUCUCUUAAUUUGUUGUCAUUUAGUACUUAUUUUUAUUGUUGUGAUAGAUGUGGUAUGCUGGUGCUCCCCUUUCACAAUAAGGUCCCACAUCUAGUUUACCCUUAUUGCAUCACACAAACCAACAUUAUCCUUCUGCUGCACUUUAUUGCCUAAAAAUCACUUGAUGUUGUGCUCUUCAUUCAUUCAUGAGCACUGCUGGUUCAUGGGUGUCUUCUUUUCACUUCUAGUACUGUAUAUCCUUCAUCCAUCUCAUUCUUGUCUUCCUGCUACCCACCUCUCUCUCUUGUUUAUUGAGUGAGGAGGGGUGUGGAUGUUUUUUGGGGGUAUAUGGUGUGUGUUGAUGAAGGUAUGUUUGUUUGUGUGUAUGUGUAGGGUUGGUGUGUGUGUGUGUGUGUGUUUGGUAUGUGUAGGGGAUUGGUGUGUGUGUGUGUGUGUAUAUAUGUAUGUAUGUUUGUGUUGCUGUGUGUGUGUGCAUUUUCCUUCUGUUCAAAUUUUUCUUUCUGACAACCCCCAAUUAUUUCUCUCAAACCUACUUCUCAGGACCACCAGAUGGAGAUCUGUUUACUAAUUCAACAGUUGGAUUUUUUUAGCACAUUGACUUUUGGGCCUUGGACGCUUGAACUUAUAAAGAUGAUUAAUUAAUUUCCAAAGUGUCUUAAAGAAACUUUUAGGUGCAUCAUCCUGUUGGAAUAUGAGAUAUAUAACAUAAAAUAAAUAUUUUUAUAUAGUUUGCUUCGUAUUCAGCCAACAAAUGUUCAUACAGAACUUGUGUCUGUUGAACAUCAUUCAGCUCUGCUAAACUAAAAAGUCAUCAGCUAGAAAAUGGGUGAGACUUGGAAGAUGGAACUAGAUUUGAAUUACCUAAGCCUAAGCUUGAUUUGCCAGGUCAUGAUAAAACUUAGCAAUCAAGUGAAGAAUACAAUUUUUCUGUGACUGGUAACACAUAAUAGCCAUUUGUUUAUUUAGAUUAUAAUUGUUAUGGUGGUUACAGUAUUUAUAAAGCAGUUGUUGGGAUAUUGCAGUAAUAAUAUCAAGCUUUGUAACCAUAAAGUUAGGUUAUGCAUAAAGCCUUGCGCCUUUCAAUCAUUUAAAAUAUAAUUGUCAACAAAUAUAUUGGUAUGAUCAUAAGCAGUUCAUAAUGCAUGUGCUUCAUUGUUGCAUGUUUGUAGAUGACAUAUACAGUGUCACUAAAGCUCUCGACUCUUUCAGUACUAUACCACAGUUGGGGUGAUAACAAUAAUUAUGACCAUGUUCUACCAUAGCUGUUAAUGGGAAGUUACAUUGGUAUUUCUGUGCUUGCUUUUAAGUUCAUGGCUCAUAGCAUUUUGAAUCAUCCUUGGUCAUUGUCAUUUAACUGACACAGAGGCUUCUAAGCCACAUAUAUUGAGGGACACUGACAUUAGUUAAAAAAUGGGAGAAAAUAUUUUGCCUUAAGGCUGUUCAGACAUGCCUAAUUGAUCGCCAUAUCCCUCACAUCUGCCUAGAGCAUGUUUUAUCUGGUUCCACAACUCCAAGAUGGUUGUGACACUACCUACAGUAUGUCAUUAUCACACCUGGCCAGUGAGACUUGAGUCUUGCUCUUGGUUUUAUGAAUACUUGACUUCUUAUUGACUUUGUUACUCAAGCUGAACCCUCCUCUCUCAUAAACCUAUCCCUUAUAACUAUUGAAGCCCAUGUGGAGACUAUCAAGGUGCCUUUUGUUUUGUGGCCUAAGGAUUUACUCUUACAUAUUGUCUCUGAAAUUAAUGUUGUAUGUAAUAAAGCCUUUAUAUUUGUAAUUGUGCUGAUUAUGGUCAUGUUGAAUUUAAUAAUGAACCAGAGUACAACAGUGAGAGAGAAGAGGAGAUGUAGGCUGCUAUGGAUACUGAACAAUCAUCAGAGUAUCAAUAAAAGAGAGAGUCAUAGCUUUGUUUUUUGUUCUGGAAAUACCCCAACAGCCAGGUCUAGUGGACUAUUUUAUUUUUCUCUUAUAUCAUGAGGAUACAGUAUUGUAUCCAUGAUACAUAUUCAGUUCAUAUAAAUCAUGUAGGUAUUUAUUUAAGGUGUGUUAAAUGCAUUACAUAUGCAUCAUAUAUUUGGAAUUGGAUGCACAUGUCUUUGCACAACUUCAGGCAAUACAAUACUGUAUAUAUUUUUUUUUUUACUUUAUAAUAUUUGGAAAAUUUGCUUGAAUUUAACACAUAUAAUGUCUCGCAUGUAGGUACACAACUAUUACCAGGACUUGUAUGUGAAUUGUAUACAGUACAGUACAGUACAUACAGUAUGACAAUACCGUAAAUAAUUUUUUUUAGACCAACUACUGUACACAUCUGAUUUGAACUUAAUUUGUUUUAAAAUCCAGGCACUGAGAGUUUUACAAUACCUGUACAGUACCAUGAAACAAUAAUUACUAUAGAUUUGCAGUAACCAUAUGCCUGCACAUCCACAAAUCAUUGCAAUUAAUUAUUAUGAUGAGAGUCCAUCAACAGGUUUCAUUUACCCAGCCAACCUGAACUCUGUACUUGUAAUUAGCUGAUGAUAUGUCUCAUACAUGUAAGUAAGCAUGUACAGUACUGUAUCAUAGCAAUUUUUCACUACACGUCAAGUUUUCAUGUACAGUAGAGUACUGUUGACCGGAUAUACUGUACAUUUUAUUUAAUUUUUUGAUAAUAAUAUUUUCUUAUAAAACUUGGGGAUUUACCAUCACAAUUUUUUUUAAAUUGAUCCUGUAGUAGGUGCACAGUAACCCACAAGUUGCAACAUCACAUGCAUUUUCUGGGUGGUUGAUGUCAUCUAUACUAUAUAGGCUGCUGGGGCUGUAUGGUACCGAAAGAGUUGUAGAUUUAGAUAAGAAAUACAAGUUCCAUAAAAGAAUGUAUAUACAGUUAAUUCUAUUGUAACUAGGUGUGUUUGAUGAAUAUAGAAUUGUGUUAUUGUAUCAGGUUAUAAGAGUUUAUAUAUAUAGUCCAGUGGUAUAACAUGAAUGGAAGGACCAACUUUGAGUAUCCCUCUAUAUCCCAGACUGGUGAUGUAUCCAACUCAGAUCUUGUGAACUGGUAAUGGAAAAAUGUACCCCAUCACUCUCUCAUCACAUGUAAAGAAGAAAUCUAAAUUGUAAAGAAAAAUUAUCGCAUUGAUUUCCCUAAACAUUGAUACCGUACUAUUACAAGGGAUAUUAAUUUAGAUAGUAAGAUAUUGCAUUGCCUAUUUCUAUUUCUGCAACAUACAAAUAAGUGCAAUGUCUGUCAACCUUUCUCUGUGUGACUGGUGAACUUAAGGCUCUGCGGUAGUGCAGUUAACUGUAAAAGAUUUUAGUUAAAGGGAAAUUUCUGUGGUAAGGGCCUUUUGUAAAUUUCAGGACAGUUCUUGUCACUUUUUGAAAAGCUUGUCAACAAAGAAAGAGUGGAACAGAUAUUUUCGCUCUUUAUACACAUGGAAAAUACAAAACAAAACUACAUGAUUAGAAUAGAAUAUGUAUUAGUGUACUUUAAAUUGAGAAUUAAAAGUUAAAAACAUCAUUGCAUUUGCAUUUUGUUAAUUGAUUACUGUACACUGUCAUAUUUCAGUACUGUUAGGAUGUACAAUACAGUAGUAAUAGAACUAACAGGCACUUGAUAAAUGCCAUGCCCUCUUUUUGAGUUUACAAGGACUAUAAUUUCAAUAAAUAGUUUUGGAAAAUGGAGAUUAUUGAAAAUGACAUUGUUUUUUCUUGAUAUGAAGAGAAAUUAAUUGUCUUAUGGAAGGACCGACAAGGACAACACUAUGUUCCCUUAUUGUAUUCAUAUUAAACUGAAAGAAAUUACAGUAUGACAAUAAAGCAGAUCAGAGUACAUAAUUUUGUUAGCAUAUUAUUAAAGAAUUGUACAUUUGUAUGAAGUGCCUGCUUCCCAUCGUAGGCAAAAGAUUAAGUUUGGCUCUACUGUACUUUAAAAGGCAUGUGGUUAAUAUUUAUAAUUGUGCUCCCAAUGAUACGAUCUUGUUCAAAUUUUACACUUGUGUUAAUGUAUUCAUGAACUGAUAGAUAAUGUAAUCCUUUCAUAUGUUGUAACUUUUUCACAAUGAUGUUAUAAAGAAGAUCAUAGAGAUAUGAUAUAGUACUGAAAACUUA